CUUCCUGGCGCUCCGGCCUCGCUCAGGACGACUGUCUCAGGGACCUUUCGUGUAGGACCCGCUUUUUGUCAAAAUGGCAGCGCCCAUCGCGUACUGGUGUCCAUGAAGUGGGAGAUUGAGCUGUGGGUGAGAGCGUGUGAACUGCUUUCGAGAGACUUUUCAAGUCUGCAGGAGGACCUGGAGCCAUCAAGGGCUCUCUCUGCACGUGGUUGGUGCCCACAGUUAUUUCUUGAACACAAGGCCACAUCAACAGAGCAUUCCUUUCAUCUCUCAGGAGAUCACUGCUUCCAAGAAGUUCUUUCCCAUCACUCAUUAGUGAUGUCACAGUUAUGACUGGGGACCUGGGUACUGUUUUCUACAGCUGCUUCAUCAUUUUGCUUUCUCACCAGCGGUGCACAGAGUUCCAGUUUCUCUACGCAAGAGGUACUAUAAGGAAUGCCACGGGAAGACUGAAAUGCAAAUCACCCAUGUUUGCAAUGUUUACAGUACAUAUGACAGAUAAAUUAGCAAGAAAAUAAUCAAUAUCCUAGUACUAAAUGUUAAGAAUCGUCAUUCGGUAAGAAGGAAGAAUCAAAGCUUAACAAAAUAAUCUGUGAGGAGUUUCUAUGAUGGUUUGUUCAGCUCUCUGGAGGGCUGCCCAUGCACACGUCUGCCUGGUGAGGAAGAUCAGUCCUGUCAGCAGAAGCCAUCAGCAUCAAGUGUGGGGCUCCAGGCCGGCUACAUCAGAGUUUGUUGCCCAACGAGCUCCAGGCAGUGUCACAGAGUUGCUGGGCAAGUCCUACCCUCAGGAUGACCAUACCAACCUCACCCAGAAGGUCCUGUCCAGGGUUGGCAGGAAUCUGCACAACCAGCAGCACCACCCUCUGUGGCUGAUCAAGGAGAGAGUGAAGGAGUACUUCUACAAGCAAUAUGUGGGCCGCUCUGGGACACCACUAUUCUCGGUCUAUGACGACCUUUGUCCAGUGGUCACCACCUGGCAGAACUUUGAUAGCCUGCUCAUCCCAGCUCACCACCCCAGCAGGAAGAAGGGGGACAAUUACUACCUGAAUCGAACUCACAUGCUGAGAGCACACACUUCUGCACACCAGUGGGACUUGGUGCAUGCAGGACUGGAUGCCUUCCUGGUGGUGGGUGACGUCUACCGGCGUGACCAGAUUGACUCCCAGCACUACCCAGUUUUCCAUCAGUUGGAGGGUGUUCGGCUCUUCUCCCAGCAUGAGUUAUUUGCUGAUAUAAAGGAUGGAGACUGCCUGAAGCUCUUUGAACAAAGUUCUCGCUCUGCUUAUAAGCAAGAGACACAUACCAUGGAGGCCUUGAAGCUUGUAGAGUUUGACCUUAAGCAAACUCUCACCAGGCUUGUGGCACACCUGUUUGGAGAUGGGUUGGAGAUAAGAUGGGUGGACUGCUACUUUCCUUUUACUCAUCCUUCCUUCGAGAUGGAGAUCAACUUCCACGGAGAAUGGCUAGAAGUUCUUGGCUGUGGGGUGAUGGAACAGCAACUGGUCAAUUCAGCUGGUGCUCAAGAUCGAAUCGGCUGGGCUUUUGGCCUCGGGUUAGAAAGACUGGCCAUGAUCCUCUAUGACAUCCCUGAUAUCCGCCUCUUCUGGAGUGAAGACGAGCGCUUCCUGAAGCAGUUCUGCAUCUCCGACAUUAAUCAGAAGGUGAAGUUCCAGGGUCUUGCUAAGUUGCUGGCUGGGCCUGAAUUUGUGACCCUCCUGCCUCAGCCUCUAAAGUCACUGGGAUUACAGCCUCUCAGCAAAUACCCUGCCGUGAUAAAUGACAUCUCAUUCUGGUUGCCCUCCGAGAAUUACACAGAGAAUGAUUUCUAUGACUUAGUCCGAACAAUUGGAGGAGACCUGGUGGAAAAGGUUGAUCUUAUAGACAAGUUUGAACAUCCAAAGACCAACAGGACCAGCCACUGUUACCGCAUCACCUAUCGCCACAUGGAACGGACACUGUCCCAGAGAGAGGUCACACACGUCCAUCAGGCUGUGCAGGAGGCCGCAGUGCAGCUUCUGGGCGUGGAGGGUCGGUUUUGAUGUCACCUCCUCUCCCCGCCUGUGGCCCUCUCAGGGCUCCAGGAUUUGCUGAAAGAGGAAAACCUAUUGUUUGUGACCUGGAACGUCAGUCAUCUCUUGGUAAAUGGUCAGUUUGAGGACUUGAAAUAAAGGAUCGCUCUUGAA